CCUCUCCUUCCUGUAACACCCAUGCCCUGCGUGUCUGUGCUGAGCUCACUGUAGGAACUUUGAGCAGUUAAUAGUAAAAACAACAUCUUACUUCAACAGGCGCCACUUUUCAGGUUUAAAGUUUGUCCGAUUUUUUCCCAGUAACACCUGUUAUCCAGCAGAGAGUAAGGAGAGUGGAAGAGAUACAGGAUGUGGAGGAAAGAUGUUGCUCCAUCAAACAUCCUCAUCUCAGGACCAAGACAAUUGCAGUAGGCCAGUGGCUGUUCGAUCCACCUGCCUAAUCUCACAGAGACGUUGAAGUGCCAAGGACUCAAAGACCUGUUUUUAUUUGCGUUCUCUUUUUAAAAAAAUAACGUAAUUGGACUGCCUGCCCUACACUGGAAGUAACUAGCUACUUUUUUUCAGUGUGCGCAGACAUCGGAGUUGGAGUUUCAAUCUGUUUUGAAAUUAGGCCUACUAGCACUAACAGUUCAAAGAGAGUGUUUUUUUAACCUUUCCCCUGGAUUACCUGUUGAGGUUUGUGAUGGGGAAUGCGGCAGGGGGAAUAGAGCAGGCAGAUGGCCGGGAGGCCAAGCACUCUGUGGGGUCAGGAACGGGCCUGAGUGACCCCACCCCGACCCUGCAGAAGAAGCAUUCUGCUCCCCCCAAGCUGCCCGUGCCCUCAGAGGAGGAGCUGGAGGAGCGCUUCAGUGUGGUUCUGAGCUAUAUGAACCUGCCUCCAGACAAGCUGAAGCUGUUGAGUCAGUACGACAAUGACAAGAAGUGGGAGCUGAUCUGUGAUCAGGAGCGGUUCCAGGUGAAGAACCCCCCCUCUACCUAUCUGACCAAGAUCAAGAGCUUCUACCAGGACCAAGGAGGAGUGACCCGCAGGUUCAAGAGGCAGGUCCAGGAGUCCACCCAGGUACUGAGAGAGCUGGAGAUCUCCCUCCGCACCAAUCAUAUUGGCUGGGCCCAGGAGUUUCUGAAUGAGGAGAACCAGGGUUUGGAUGUAUUGGUGGACUACCUGUCCUACGCCCAGUGUGACGCUUCGUUUGACAGGGAGGGUGCUGAGAAUGGGGGAACACUGUCAGAGAGAGGGAAGCCAGCGGAGAGGUCCAUGGAGGACCUGAAUAAGAGUGCAGGAAGCCCCCCUACACAUGGCAUGACCAGAGCAGCCCGCGCCCUAACCGUACGGAUAACCUCUCUGGCACAGAGUAGGAGAACUCAGAAGAGCUCUAGAUUGACCAGUCAUAGGGACGACGUCCAUGUGUGCAUCAUGUGUCUGCGUGCCAUCAUGAACUACCAGUCGGGCUUCAACCAAGUGAUGACACACCCACGCUGUGUCAACGAGAUCACUCUCAGUCUCAACAACAGGAACCCCAGAACCAAAGCCCUGGUGUUGGAGCUGUUGGCUGCUGUGUGUCUUGUGAGGGGCGGUCAUGACAUCAUUCUCGCUGCCUUCGACAACUUCAAGGAGGUGAGCGGAGAGAAGAACCGCUUUGAGAAACUGAUGGAGUACUUUAGCAACGAUGACAGCAACAUUGACUUCAUGGUGGCCUGUAUGCAGUUCAUUAACAUUGUGGUGCAUUCGGUGGAGAAUAUGAACUUCCGUGUUCACCUGCAAUAUGAGUUCACUCACCAUGGACUGGACCAGUACUUAGAGACUCUGAAGCUGACAGAGAGUGAGAAGCUGCAGGUUCAGAUUCAGGCCUACUUGGACAACGUGUUUGAUGUGGGGGCUCUGCUGGAGGAUGCAGAGAACAGGGGUGGGGUGCUGGACCAUGUGGAAGAACUGCAGGAGCAUAACACACAGCUGAGUGCCAGGCUAGAGGAGAUUGAGAGCCAGUCUGCAGAGAGGAUGGCUGAACUAGAGAAACAGCUCCUCCAAGCCACCAAGGAGACAGAGCUGCUCAAGGGGAACCUGCGGGACUCCUGUUCCCAGGUCAGUUCUCUGCAGCAGAGAGAGAGGGAGAGGGAGUUAAGCCAGGAGAGGGAGCGGGACAGAGAGCGUCUAAGCCAACCCUCCUCUGAGCUGGAACUCAAGGUGCAGGAGCUGCAGGACCGAGGGCUGAUCCGCCUGGGACGCACCCCCUCUGGGGCCCUAGACCUCCAGGUGGUGCCUGUCACCAUCAUCGAGUACGUCCCCGCCCCAGCCUCUGAGCCCAUGCUCAGCUCCACUGGACCUACUGGCCCAGACGUCCCUGAUGCCACUCCCUCCUCAGCCAUCUCUGCUGUCCCCCCUCCUCCUCCUCCUCCUCCCCCACCCCCUCCACCUUCUGGGCCUGUUGGACCUAUUCCCCCACCCCCUCCACCUCCUCCUCCUCCCCCGCCUGGCUCUGGUGGCCCACCUCCCCCUCCUCCUCCCCCUGGGGGAGAUUGUAAAAGCAGGAAGCCCAUCCAGACUAAGUUCCGGAUGCCUUUGCUCAACUGGCAGGCACUGAAGCCCAACCAGGUGACUGGCACGGUCUUCAACGAGCUGGACGAUGAGCAGGUCUUAGGGGAGCUGAACAUGGAGGCGUUUGAGGAGCAGUUUAAGACCAAGGCCCAGGGUCCUCCAGCAGCUCUGUCCACUCUGAAGGUCAAGGUGGCCCAGAAGGCCCACAGCAAGGUCAACCUGAUCGAGGGCAACAAGGCCAAGAACCUGGCCAUCACGCUACGCAAGGGAGGCAGGAGCCCCGCAGACAUCUGCACAGCUAUAGAGACGUAUGACCAGCAGUCGUUGGGGCUGGACUUCCUGGAGCUGCUGGAGAGGUUUGUCCCGUCAGACUACGAGCUGAAGCUCCUCCAGAACUAUGAGAAGGAGGGCCGUCCGCUGGAUGAACUGUCAGAGGAGGACCGCUUCAUGAUGCGCUUUGGGAAGAUCCCUCGUCUGGCCCAGCGAAUCAACACCCUCACCUUCAUGGGCAACUUCCCAGAGAGCGUCAAACGUCUGCAUCCGCAACUGAACUCUAUAAUCGCAGCAUCCAUGUCCAUUAAGUCCUCGGCCAAGCUGAAGAAGAUGUUAGAGAUCAUCCUAGCCUUUGGGAACUACAUGAACAGCAGUAAGAGGGGUGCAGCCUAUGGGUUCCGCCUGCAGAGUCUGGACCUGCUGCUGGACACAAAGUCUACAGACCGCUCCCAGACCCUACUACACUUCAUCUCCAGCAUCGUCCAGGAGAAAUACCCUGAACUCAACAACUUCCACACUGAGCUGCACUUUGUGGACAAGGCUGGCCUAGUGUCUCUGGACAGUAUUCUUCAGGAUAUCCGCUCUCUGGAGAGGGGAAUGGAAGUGACGAAGAAGGAGUUCCUGGUGCAGGAAGACAACACAGUGCUGAAGGAUUUUGUCAAGACAAACAGUGAAUUACUGGACUCUUUACUCAAAGACAGCAAGACCGCUCAGGAGGCAUAUGGCUCGGCGGUGGAGUAUUUUGGAGAGAACCCCAAGACCACGCAACCCUCCAUGUUUUUCCCUCUGUUUGUCCGCUUCAUGAAGGCCUAUAAGCAAGCAGAGCAGGAUAAUGAACAGAGGAAGAGACUGGAGGCCCAGAGCAGCGAGAACCAAGCAGAGUCUCCCUCCCCUAGAAAGAAAGAGGUUGCAGGACACAAGUCUCCCAUGAUGCCCAAGAUGGACCUGAUAGCGGAGCUGAAGAAAAGGCAGGUGAAGCCCCAGGUGAAGGAUGGGGCCCUGGAGGACAUCAUCACAGACCUGAGGAACUCACCGUUCAGAGCAACAGAUGGACGGAGACCAGCACAGCGUCAAGACACCUGAACAACUCCAGCUCCAAGACCCACAACUCCACUGAGAUUACUGUACACACUCAAUAUCAAAGUGUAUGCAUACACAGAACACAAAUACAUACUUGUAUUGUACAUACACAAUACACAUACAUUAGUACUGGA